AUGCAGAAGAAAAUUAAAAAAGAGCGUUCUCUAUCAUCACAAUUGCCUCCAACGUUAACACCAUUUACUGAAUUAAAAGUUGGAGAAACUUUCAUUGUUUUACGUCGUUCACCAAAUAAUGCGACUGAUGAACGGUGCAUUGCAACAAUUGUGGAUAUUCGGGAGGAAGGCUUAGAAUCAUCAAGCAGGGAAUGUCAGAAUUGUGAAGGAGUUCGGGCAACUGACAGCUUUUCCAAUGAAAUAAGUGAAGAUAUUCGGCAUAUUUGCGAUUUAUUGAUCGAUAGAGUGUGUGAAGAAGGCGGUGAUGAAAAAAUGGAAAUUUGUGAUGAUUCAGGUAAUCAUUCAAUGAAGUCAGACAGUCGCAGAUAUUAUGUUCAUUAUGAUGGUAUGGAUCGACGUUUAGAUGAAUGGGUCCGAAGAGAAAGAUUUCUUGAACGAGCAAAUCCUGUUACACCUUCUGUGCUGGUUGUUCCUCCAUUGUUUGGUAAUGUGCUGGAGAGUGGCACAUUAACUCGCAGUCAGCGACGUAUUCAUGAGGAAUUCAAUCAUGUUCAAAAAAGUUAUGAAGAUAUGGAUGCUACCACCGCCAGAUUGGAAAAGGAACACGCUGAGAUGACGAAAGUGAAAAAUAUUGAACAAAUACGUUUUGGUGAUUAUAUCAUUGAUGCUUGGUAUGUUUCUCCCUAUCCUGGUGAAUUCAGUAGGAGUCGAAUGUUGUAUAUUUGUGAAUACUGUUUGGCUUACAUGUUAACAGAACAAGAAUACUGUUGCCAUAAGUUGCACUAUUGUGAUCGGCGCCAGCCACCUGGUGAUGAAAUUUAUAGGAAGAACCGAUUAUCAAUCUUUGAAGUAGAUGGAAAAUUGAACAAGGCAUAUUGCCAGUGUUUAUGUCUCCUGUCAAAAUUGUUCCUUGAUCAUAAAACUUUAUUUUUUGAUGUGGAAACAUUCAUAUUUUACGUGCUUUGCGAGGUUAGUCGAAAAGGUGCUCAUAUUGUUGGGCAUUUUUCAAAAGAACGCGUAUCAGUUAAUAAUUUGGCUUGCAUUAUGGUUCUACCACCCUUUCAACGGAAGGGAUAUGGAAAAUUGUUAAUUCAAUUAAGUUAUGAAUUAUCAGCUCGUCAAGGUAUAAUUGGCACCCCGGAGAAACCACUUUCUGAUCUUGGUAAAGUAAGCUAUAGAAGCUACUGGUGGUGGGUGAUCCUUGAUGCAUUAGAUAGGCUUAACAUUGAUGACGUUACGGUAUCUAAUCUUAGUGAAGCAUCGCGCAUUGCUGAAGAUGAUAUUAUUUCGACUCUGCAAACUUUGCAGUUAAUCAAAUAUUGGAAAGGAGAUCAUGUCGUUCGGAUGACACGGCGGUUGGUCGACCACUGUAGGUCAAUUAACAUGGGUCGUCCUCCCAAAUUAAAACUGGAUCCAGAUCGUUUGCGUUGGUGGCCUAAAAACCGUCCUAUUUUAAAUAAAGAGUCAAAAGUUGUAGCUAUACAUUGCUGA